CACCACAGCGACCAAAGCAUUGUUCUCGCUGUCGUCUAUGGAGCACUCCGUCACGGGGUAUUGACCACCCCACACUUAAUCCUUGUAAUGCACCGAUUCAUAUUGCGUUGACGUUAGGAGCUGUGGGGGUUUCCCCCACCCCGGCUCCCCCAUGCCGAGUCCCUGCGCAUUUCCCCGCAAAUUGAAAACAUUUCCGGUCAACGAGUACCUCUUCAUGCCAUAUAGCCGAUUCUGCCUGAUAUGUCUAUGGUUCGGAUUGUCCGAGGAACUGCCGCGCUGGAUUCCCGAGCGAGAUGGCGGGGGAGUAUAAAUUUGAGGAGGACGGUUAUCUCGUCAGUCUCCAAGGAUCAGAUAGUCUGAAGAAUUGAAGAUGCGUUCUCUCAGUUGUGUGGUGGCACUGGGUGUAGCUGGUGUGAGUCAGCCUGCCCAAGCGUCGCCUGUUGCUCAGGAGUCUCCGGCAUCGAGGACAUCAUACUCGUAUGGUUCCUUUAGCUACACUCAGGUCACUUCGACUCGGUAUGCGACUGCAUUGAGCUCCCCGCUGGCCUUUGCCACGCCAUUUGCUCCAGCCUUCAGUGAAGCAUCGACUCUGCUUCCCAGCAACGUGACCUAUACCACAUACGCUUUGCUUCCGAGCCAAACUAUUACGCCUGACGGACAGUAUGGGCAGAGUGCAUACGCCGCUUUGUGGGCCAAUUUGUCCUACACGUCUGCGCCGCCGUUCACGACGACUGUCACGCCGACGCCAGUUCCCUCUAGCGAACUGGUCUACCCGCCGACUCUGUACAACAGGAUCGAUUAUGCGGACCUGAAGCUACCCUCGGAUUUCAUCUGGGGCGUUGCAGCUAGCGCAUGGCAGAUUGAGGGAGGUUUGCAGCUCGAAGGCCGGGGCCCCUCUGCCUUGGACACUAUUGGCGCCAUCCAGAGCAACGACAGUUCGUCCGAUGCGAACAUUGCCGACUUGAGCUAUUUCCUGUACAAAGAGGACAUUGCUCGGUUGGCCGCCAUCGGUGUCCCAUAUCUGUCGUUCAGUAUCUCCUGGCCCCGGAUCGUGCCUUUCGGGGUGGCCGGUUCACCCAUCAACACCGAGGGGCUGCAGCACUACGACGAUGUCAUCAAUACCUGCCUGGAAUAUGGCAUCACGCCUAUUGUGACGUUGAACCAUGUUGACAUGCCACUUAGCCAACUGAGCGACUUUUCCACCCUCUCCGAGAACUUUCUCUACUAUGCCAAGCAAGUCAUGACCCGAUACGCAGAUCGCGUCCCUUAUUGGGUCACUUUCAACGAACCCAACAUUGGGGUUGGCACAUCAUUUAGUAGUUGGAAUGAUCUCACCCACGUCCUGACGGCCCACGCUGCAGUCUACCACUGGUACAAGGAGGAGCUGCAAGGAACGGGACAGAUCACCGUGAAAUUCGCCAACAACCUGGCCGUUCCUCUGGAUCCGUCUAAUUCCACCCAUGUGGAUGCAGCGCUCCGAUACCAAGACUUUAUCCUCGGUAUCAUGGGCAAUCCUCUGUUCCUUGGCGAACAGUAUCCUUCGGAAGCCCUUAAUACCCCGAAUUUGAACCUCACCGCGUUGACCCCGGACCAGAUCUCGACCAUCCACGGCACCGUCGACUUUUGGGCCUUUGACCCCUACGUUGCCCAAUUCGCCUCCCCAGCCCCAGCGGGCAUCUCUGCCUGUGCAGCCAACCAGUCGGACCGCGCAUGGCCCGAGUGUGUGGCCACGACCAUGAUCCAAGCUGACGGCUGGCUGAUGGGCGACAUGUCCAACGCCUACGCGGCGAUUGCCCCGCAAUACGUCCGACAACAGCUCGGUUACAUCUGGGAUACCUUUAACCCCUCGGGGAUCCUGGUCGCGGAGUUUGGCUUUAACCCGUUUGCCGAUUCGCAGCGCGACAGCGACGCCCAGCGAUACGAUCUCGAGCGAACCCUGUACUACCAAGACUUUCUCGAGGAGAUUCUCAAGGCGAUUCACGAAGACGGGGUCAAUGUCAUUGGCACGCUGGCAUGGAGUUACCUGGAUAACAACGAAUUCGGAAGCUAUGCGAACCAGUACGGGAUGCAGAGUGUGAAUCGGACGGAUGGAAGCUGGAGCCGUCGAUACAAGCGGAGUUUAUUUGAUUAUGUGGAUUUCUUCCACGAGCAUAGCGCUUAAUCUGAAUACUGUCCUUUCUGCCCAACGAGCUAAAAAUAGCAGGCAGACAGUUUAAAUUAGACCUUCUCUCGCAACCUGCUAGAUCCAACUUGUCAAGAA